AUGGCAACGCACCACGCUGGGACACCCUCGAUUGGAGCGUGCAGAUGCAACUCUUGCGACGAGGCGGGCAUCCCGCCCGUCCGAAACUCAAAGGGGACCAGGUGGACGCCACCAUCGAAUCCAUCCGAAAGGAGCAAGCCCAGAAGCUCGAGUCCAACAUUCAGGAAGGCAAAAGAGCGAAAGAGAUGGCCAAGCGGACCGGGGGGCCCUCCUCCUCAGGAUGCCUCGACCCAGUACCGGGAAGACACCCGAGCUGGCUGGACCCCAGCGCCCGCGGCGCUCGCCAAUUUUGCCGCCACUGAUAUGGAAGACCCCCUUGCUCGACUUAUGACAGGAGAAGCUGCUGCAAGUUGGACCCUCGACCACGCGCCCCCCGCUGUGCGCACGGUCACUUGCCGGGAGUCACCCGAUUCAGCCGAGAUCCAAGCCAAGCGUCACUGCAUGGACGAGAUUGACAGCAGCGGCCUUCUCCCAGAUCUACCCCAGCAUCUGGGCACCUAUCUGCGCAACCGGCUAACAGCCGUAAACGACCGGGCUCCAACCGCUCACGAUGUUCAAGAAUUCCUCGAGGACGCUAUCCGAGAAGGCAGUGCCGAACUUGCUUCGGAAGCUACUGACUACCUCCAUAAUCACCCUGACACGCAUGUCGGGUCGCGAGAGGGCCGCGGAGCAUUGGGGCAAUUCUCAGUACACGGCUUCGACGGGUACUCCUGGGCGACCUUUCGCUGGAGAGACGGUGACCAUGCAGUCUAUGACUACGGCGACCAGCUUGCGCCCGUGCAUCCUGAGCUACAACCUCUGCAAUGUCCCAAACCAGAAACGGAGCCCCGGCAGUGCUUCUACCUGCAUGUGGCGGCUGGCCUUUUGGCCCAUACCGCGAAUCGUGUGCCGGCUCUCUCUGAGGUCCGCCUCAAAGCGGCAGCCUUACAGGAGGAAACUUUCCGCCUGGCUCUGGCUUGCGCGGAAAAUUUGGGCCCGGAACCUGACAUUUGCACUCAAGCUGAAGAAGACUUGCGCAUCUUCGUGCACGACGCUCUCUUCUUCGGCCACGACAAGGAUUACCGGUGUUUGGCAGCCUUUCCCCCGGCAGAGGCCGCGGAAGUCUCGUUCUGUCUCGUCCGCAUGGACGCUUGGAACCGCAUCUCUUGCGAAGUCAUCCAGGGGGCCCACAGUCGUUCCGACCCGAAGUCUCUUAUCUGGCUCCUGGUCCACCAGGGCCACAUGCGGCUACUCCUCCCGGAAAUCGCGACCUCUAUCCCGGACAACGUGCGAAUUGUCACUGCCGCUGGCUGUGAAGUCCACCUGGAAGCGGCCGCCGAGCACGGGGCGCGUCAUCGCGCCCGUGCCCCAAAACCAUGCCCGCGUUGCCAAGACGACCCCAUGCGUCGUACCGGCGUCACCACCGGGGUGUUCGGCUUGUACCCUUUUCCAGCUGAGACGGCGGCUUUAGAUUCCCGAGCAGGAGCAUCUUGGUGGGAAGUCGACGAGCCCCCCUUCGAACAGUGGACCCGCGAGGACCUGCAGGAGCUCUUCCCUGGCCAACGGCUCCCUGAGCCCGGCCAACCGCUCCAUUUUCUGGGUGUAUACGUUGACGCCCUCGGUUGGGACAACGCCCCGGAUGUGCCGGUUGGCGCCGCCCUUUUUGUCGGUCCGGCCACUAGCCGCAGCUUCUGCAAUGGCCGCGUGCGCUCUCUUCUUCGCGCAGCUCUCACUCUCUUGCGCCCUCGCCACGUUUGGGUCCUCCUGCCCCGCACGGGCCUCGGCAGCUGGCCUGAGCCUUCCGCCAGCGCCUUGGAGCCUUCUGCCCACCAACACCUGCAGUUUACGCUUGAGCUUGGUCAGCACCAGUUGAACCUGCCCGGGCACUUCACACUCGUUCACCCGUUGACCAGCCCCGUCUGGAAAGAUCCCGCGGCCAUCCAGCUCUUUUCGACAUUUCACCGGGUUCGCCUUCCAGCUUCGCCCAUUGACCCUGUGGCUGCGGCGUUUUGUGGGCCGUCCCCGGCCGCCUACUUGUGCCUGAAAACUACCUCUUCGGCGCUGGCUAUCGCCGCUGGGUCGUCCUCAUCCGAGCUGCCGCAUUCCUCUCCCCUCGCCUCCGUUCUUUUCGACGGCGCUGAGGCGUGUUUCGCGCCCGGCGCCGGCCUCCGACGGGCGGGGGGCGCCCCCUUCGUGGUUCAAGGGGGCGGGACUUCCUCGGGGGGGGAGGGGCCUCUUCGCCCCCUGGCGCCGCCGCUAGACCCGGCGGUUGAGCGGGCGACAAAGGAAUAUCUGGAUUUCUUCCGAAACCGAGCUUUCUCCGCUGCACAUUUCGCGUCUGCUGCUCAGAAAGGAUCGGCUCUUCUGGCAGCAGCCGGUGGAUGGCAGGAAGCCCUCAGGGCUAUCCGCAGGGUUUGGGUGCAAGAACGAGGCGAUCACAUGUCUGGUCUGCACAGUGACUUCUUUGAAGGGCUGGUUCACCCGGCAGUUUUAGAAAGGGCGAGGCAUGUAGCUAUCUGGGGAGUCGAGGCGUCUGCUGACUUAGAGGAGACUACUCGGACCAAGAGUGCGCCUCACCCGAGCUUGAAAGAACACCUCGACGAAGCUGCUGCGCAACUCUGGGACGACGCCAGUAAAGGCCGUUCCCUGCUCUGCUUCGACACCGGCAAGGGCUUGGAAGGGGUUGUAUCAGUCCCAAUGGCCAGGGUCCCCAAGAUGAACCCAGACCGCACGGUCUCUGAUAAGGGUAGGGUCAUCUGGGAUGCCACGCCGGUGAACAGGUAUUGUCACAAGUCUCGGCACCCGCCUGCGCUCCAACCCCGGCACCAGGAGGUCGCCAGAGCGAUACUGUGGUGGAAGCUUCGGUACCCUAGGAUCCGAAUCCUGCUCAGCAAAAAGGACGCAUCAGAAGCCUUCAAGUGGAUCCCAGUUCGGCUUGAGGACUCCAAGCUUUUCGCUGCUGAUCUUCCAGCCGAAUACAGCAAUACUCAGGAAGGUAUCACCAUAGUCUAUGGGUUUUUGACCUUUGGCUGGUGCGGUGCGCCCGGAGAAUACAUGCACUACGCUUGGGUCAUUAAACUGGCUCACGAAGCCUUCGCGCCCGAAAACUCCAGGUGGGAGGAUACAGUCCCAUACCAUUCCUUCGUCCUCAUGGACGACACGGUGCUGAUCGAACCCGAGAUUGGGCUGAGACCGGAAACCUCGGUGGCACUGACGGAGCAUCUGACUCGUGCUGUUCUUGGGGAUGCCAGCAUUAACGAAGGAAAGGAUUGGCUUGAGGGACGGUUGGAAACUCGCAAACUUAUUUGGGGGCUCAUUUACGAUACCCAAACCAACACCCGAAGCCUGCCAAGUGCCAAGCUGGAAAAGGCGUAUCACCUCCUGCACCUGCCUGACUUUGACAGUGGGUGCACUCAUGUCCCGCUGCGCCUCAUCCAAGAGUUGAGAGGCAACCAGCAGUUUUGGCUGGCGGUGCUCCCGGCCUGGAUGCAAUCCCAGGUGGUUUGGGCCUGUGGAGAUGCCACUCCAGAAAGGGUGGCGGCAGUUGACUGGCACGGAAAGGUAGCAAUUGUCGAGCCCGCGAGCCUUGUUUGGCAACGAAACCGCCACUUCUGCGGAGGGGAAGAGGGGACGGACGAGGGGCAGUCAGGACCGGACUCCGAGGAUCGAACCGAUCCCGAUGACGGUCUUCUGAUCUCACUCGCCGAGCUCCUCGCCGUGGUGUCACUCGCCUGCACCCGCUGGACUGCUUGGAGGGGAAAGAUCGUGAUCUACGCGGGGGACAACCAGAAUGUUAUCUCCUGGCUUGAGAAAAGGCAGGCUGGGCCCCCUGCGGCGAGGUUCCUGCUGCAGCUGCUCGCAGCUUUGGAAACUGUCGGAGGGUUCAGGCUGCAUGCGAGCUAUGUUCGGACCUACCACAAUCAGGUUGCCAGCAGCCUCACGCGUGCCGAAGCACAAAGCAUUCUGGAGGAACAUGAGCUCCGUAAGGUCCCGUUCUCGGAGGUGCUCUUGGGGACUCUCGACAAAGGUUGGACUCGAAGGGCCCUCCUUUGGGAUGGAAUGGACCAUGGAGAUAAGGCUGCAGCCCUACAGUUGGGGCUCCGAAGGCAUCCAGAGGGACCGAAUAAGCACCCCUUUCCGCUGAAAGAAGGUCUAGUAUGCGCUGAGAUUGGGGAGGCCGGCCCCUAUGAAAUCGAGCUUGUCUCCAAGGGGCUUAUCGUCCAGAGACACACCCUGGAAGAGGCAAGCCGCCGAGAAUGUGCCCCGGAGCGGUAUGUGUGCCUUUUCCACCCAGGCGGCAGAGGCGAGGUGGCUACGGCUGCUCGCUUCGCCGAACUUGCUGCGAGGUGGGAGCCGGAAGGAGUCUGGGUCGAUUCCAUCACCUCUCAUGGCCCCAGAGCAGCCGCAAGGAUUCUGAAGGAUGCAGGAUGGCAUACCCGUGUCUUCCAAGUCAGCGGCCGAACUCUCCAGGACCAAUGCUGGUGGAAGCGAUGGAUACUGAUAGCGGUUCCCGCAGAAAAGCGCCUGCCUCCAGCACCUUGUCUCACGCUCGACGCGGAACCCGCUACGCCACCCUUGCACACUUACCCCACUGAAUGGUUGCUGGAAGACAAAAGGGUACCAGCCGCCACCUGGAAAAAUGGUCGCCUAAAGCUAGACAGCGCUAUGCCGCACCUGGGUCAGGCUACCCCAAAGCCUAGAGGGACUCUGCAAACCCCAGAAGGUAGGCUCAUGGGUACCCCCCGCAGCCUGGCUCUAGUAGCGGGCCGUUGGGCGAGUGCUCUGGGGACGGACCGGGGCGCCAGCGGUUGUUGCUUUGAGCCCGAGCAGUCCAGCGCUGCUGAGGCGAAGGUUGAAAGUCCGGAGGCGGACGAAACUCCCGAGGCUUGCUUCGAGCCCGGGAACGCAGAUUCUGAAAGAGUCGGAAUUUGUUCGCUCCCGUGGGAAGAUAAGGCGCGAGCGGCGCUCAUGGCUUGGCUCCAAAGCAGAGGUUGGGAGGCGGAGCGAAGGACCGGAGGCACCAAACGCCGUAAGAAAAAGGAAGAGGACUGGAACAUCCAGUUCUCGAAAGCCCUCGCCUCCUGCCUCAGACACGAGGCAGGAAGUGCCGAGUGCCACAUCACGGAGGAUGGAUGGGUCACGAUGGACCACCUGAGAGGGUACCUCCGUGCGAAGCUCCGAUGGCCGGAAAGGUACCUCACUGAGGAGGCGAUUCGGGCCGAAGUGGAAGGCAACUUGAAACAGCGCUUCGUGGUGCGAACGGAUGAGAGCACCGGAAGGAGCUGUGUUGCAGCCUGGUCCGGGCACACCAUACCCGGGGUCGCCGGGCCAGGAGUGUUGGUCAAACCCUCCGAGGUCCCUGCCCUGCUCGUGCAUGGCUCGUACCACAGGCAUACGGCCAGCAUUGUGCAGAAUGGGCUGUCAGCAAGCCGCAGAAUGAUUCACUUGGUUGACCCAGAACGGGCAUCAAACAAGUGGAGGGCCGACCUGGAGACGAGAGUGCCCGUCGACACACGGAAGGCCCAAGAGGCCGGAGUCUCCUUCAGAGUGACGGGUAAUGACGUCUGGCUGGCCGAUGCUGACAUCCCGCCUGAAGCCUUGGGAAAGGUCGUCGCAUGGACUACUGACGAUUUUUGGUUCGCUUCGGAAAGCACUCGCGCCCGAGCCCGACCCGAGCAGGCGUCGCCAGUGCCCUUCCACAAGACAGGCACCGCGGGAGCUGCAGGCUCUGGCUCAAGGCUCCCCGCCUGGCCAUCCGGCAGCCUCAAGCAGGAACAGGACCUGAAGGAGGGCCUUGCUCAGACCGCGACAGGCCUGGCGUCGGCUGUUGCCGGGCUGAAGGUGGAAGAGGGAGAAGAGGAGGUCCAGGUGGACCCACGAACCCUGGAACCAACCGUCGUCACUCUCUCCGAGGCGGAUUGGAACGUAUCGGAAGAGAGUGACAUGGGCCCGGAUGAGCCCUCAGCUCCUGCGACCCGAACAGUGAAGAAAGAAAGCCGAGGAAAGCCGGUACCACCCAGCGAGAAGAAAGCCGGUACCACCUCUGCCGGAUCGAGCUGGAAACCCACGCUGGUGAAGAAGCCUCAGGACCCAGGACCCGGUGAAGGAUGCCCCAAACCAGGGCGUCUCGAACCCAAACAUGAGGAGGGCGCGGAACCCGAGGGCCUCACCCUGGAACGGGUCAAACCUCCGCCCGCAGAGGAGUCAGAGGAGGACUCGCCCAUCGGGCUCCCCGCAAGGUAUCGGCCGGUCGGAAGAGUAGAGCCCGGGCAACCCCAGGAGGAGCGAAAACUGGUCCCGGCACAGGGUCUUAAGCUUGGCACGGGAAAGGUCAAACUGCUCCAGGCCCUCGCUGAGGCCGAUACUGCCAACUGGGAGAACCUCCAGAGUGCCCUGAAGGAAGCGGAAGGGUCGGGAGGCGAGAAGGCAGCACUGGUUGAAGACCUGGAACGCCUCACCCAGCAGCGAAAGGAAGCCGCCGAAGGAAUCAAGGAAGCCCUUGAAGCAGAGACGCAGAGGGUUCGCCAAUGUGAAGAAGAAGACUCCCGGUAUCUGGAAACUCUGGAUAGCCAGGGUGAGUAUAUGAGAAAGCUUGAACGAUUCAACCCGGCUCGACCCUCCAAGACCGCCAAGGUCCUUAGUUCGGACCGUCUCACUUCGGAGAUCGAAGCAGGAGUCAGCGUCUGGGUGGCGCGCCGCCGAGAAAAGGCGCGUUUGCGGGCCCAGGCUCACAGGGAAGGACUUCAAAGAGGCGCAACCUCGGAAGGAAACACCAAGCACGAACCAAUCGAAACCCCCGAGGGAGCCGAAGAAGCACGUCAACAGGCGGCUCGGAGGGAGAUAGCCGAGUUUCGGGAACAUCUGAGGGAACAAGGCGGUGGGGCGGUACCCAAAUACCGUAGGGCACCUGACUCCCGCCAACGAAAAGCCACGAAGAAGAGGAACCGAGCUGCAAAGGAAGCUGAAACUCGGGCCGCGGCAAAGGGAGCCUUGUCGCCCACGCGCAAUGAUGAUGCAGAACGUGACACCAACCACGCGAUCGCGCAUUUCCAUGGGCAAGAGCACGCCCAUGCUGUGGUUCUCGCCGGGGCUAGGUUGCCCCCGUUUUUAGUUUCCGAGGGGACAGUUCUGCUCGGCCUCGUUCUCCUCACCGGAGUUCUUUUAGGCCUUGCCUGGGGAUCCUGCCGACGCAGCCUUGCCCACAGUCCCGUACGGACUGACCCAUUGGCUUCCUCGUCAAGGGGCAACCUUCCCAGAGCUCCCCACCAGCAGGAAGCUGCGACUGGCAGGCGCACUCAAACCAGUAGCGCCGCGGAGGCCCGCCGUCGCGGCAGUCGAGGCUCGACUUCGAGCCCGGCACCGGACAAUCUUCGGCGAAGGAGCCCGCACCCGUCCCAAAGGGGUCUUGACCGCCGCAGAGCAAACUGGCACAAAGAAGGUUGCUCCCGCACGGGUGCUUCUACCCUUUGGCUUGAAGCUUGCAAAGACUGCGUGAGCAUCUCUGAGGUCGACGACUACCAGGGGAGCGUGGAGGCCACCUGGAGCGGGGCCCGCUGGCACAAACCGCAGUGCGGGCAUACCCGAGGCCCAAGGCGCAACAACGAUGCUGAAAGGGACACGAAUCAUGCCAUCGCGCACUGGUUCCUCCUGGCGAUAGCGCUGGGCCUGUACCUGGCCGGUGUCUGCUGGCACUGGGGUGAACCUUGCGGGGGCCCACAAGAAGGACAGGAAAGGACCCGUGUGGGGGGUCCGAGGGGCCGCAAGGUUCAAUUCGAACCCUACCACGAGACCCUCGCGGCAGCCGGGUCUCCCACCAGUCAAGCCACGGGUAAGAAACAGAGUAUUGAGAAGCCGAGGCGGCUAGGUAGCCCUCAGGCUGCGAGGGCAGCGCAGGGGGCGACUGGACCCAUGCUGGGCCUACGCUUGAAGUGCAAAGAAGAUUAUCACGAGGAAGCCAUUCGUGUCGCCCUUGACCGCCUCGCCAUCUCUACCCGGCGGACUUAUGAAUCUCAACUUAAGUGGUGGAGGCUUUUUUGCGCUCGUAGAGGAGUCAGUUGGAUUCUCACUGGCCCCUCCAGCAAUAAGACGGAAGAAACACUCCUCAUCGACUUUCUCCUGCAUUGUGCCUGCAAUGAAGGGCGCGCACCGGGAACGCUGAAGCUUCGGCUGGCCGCAGUGUGCAGCGUCCACCUUUCACUCGGCAUGGAAGAUCCCUUGGAAGGCCGAGGAAGGGUUGCCAUGGCACUGGCAGGCCUACGAAGGCGUUACAAGGUACUGCUGUACUCUCAUGGCAAACUGUGCACUAUCAGCAACCUGGUAGAGGCCGAUGAAGUUCGGGUCAAGCUCGUCGGCAGCAAGACCAAGUACAACUUGGAAACAAAUCGCAAUCACUACCGAACUGAAAACCAAGUUUGCCCAGUAGAAUCGGUUGUCCGGCUGUUCCAGAAAUUCCCAGAGAGAUAUCUGGGCGGUUGCGAAGCUACAGAGCCUCUCUUUAGGACUCCCUCGGGAGAGGGAGUCCAAAGGGAGGCGAUCCAGAUGCUGCUGAGAGAAGCCGCUUGCCAAUGUGGUGUGGGUGGAACGAUUGGUUCGCACUCAUUACGUUUUGGUGGUGCAAGCGCGCUAUGGACGGCAUUUAAAGACGCAUCUGUGGUGAGAAGGUUUGGACGUUGGGCGAGCGACGCUUUCCACUCCUACUUGUGGGAAGACCGGGAAUAUUCCCGGGGAAUGGCAGCUGCAACUUGCUUGCUAUAUGGAGCCAUGUUCGGGGCCGUCUUGGGUUACUUCGACACGGAGAGGGAUCUGGUCUCACCGGUGGGUGAAGACAAAGGAGCCACGUCCUACAUCUCCAUCAACACUCUGCAGAUCUCCUCACGCGGACCUCCCGGAGGCAACGUCAUGAUGAGCGGAAUCAUCGCUGGCCUAUCGGGCGUUGCCAUCGGAUUGGGCCAGGGCUCUGGUAUUGCCAGUGCCCUGAUCGGGGUCUGCAUCUCCACCUCUCUGCUGCCACCUUUGGUGAACGCGGGGAUGAUGUGGGCGUUGCAACUCUACUUCCCAGAGAUGCACAACCGCGCGGGCUUCCUGCUUUCCGAGAUCGGGGAAUUCUCGGUGUAUCUCUAUUUGGUUAACAUCGCCUGCAUUGUCGCCUUCGCCUGGGCAUCCUUCAAAUUCAAACACAUCGGCGGCAGGACCUUAAGGCCUCUGCCGGUGGCCGCAUCGGAAUCUGAAAUCGACCCGGCACAUAUCCCGGAACUUCUUCAAAGCUUGAACGGCGUAUAG